CGUGCUGUCAAAUGGAGCAUGCAAACUGUCUCUGAUAAGUCCACUUCCAAUUGAUAAACAAUGAAGAAUAAAAGCAGUGACUCAACCUAUCCUCAUUUUGAGGGGAACAGUAGAGAAGAACGAAGAGAAAAUUAAGUCUAAAUCUAAAACAACUCACUCUCCCAUGCAACACCAGUGAAAUACUGCUCUUCAUGUAGCUUCCUGUUAACUGCGCGCAUGAUUGCUGAUCUCCAUCGAGUCACGAUCCAGAUAUGUAAGCCAUGUCAGUGCUUAUGGUGCUCUGCAGGAGUUUUAAAUCAGGUUACGCAAAUGCUGCCAGCAGAGGAGACUCCCUAGCUCACGGAAACGCGCAGCUCAAAUACAUACUUCAUUAAAUGGAGGAUCAAGCUCAGGCUACCCUGCAGCAUUGAUGUAACAAGCGCUUCUAUGUCUUUAUAUUUUAAUGUGAUGUAUGCGUCUGCUUUAACUGAAAUGCAACAAAACGCACUUUCAGUAGUGUUUUAAGUGUUUAGAGAGAGUAGUUGGCUGUAUGUAUUCAGGCACGUAGUCCAGCGCACACGCCCACUUCUUUUCCUGCUGAGAAUGUUCUGUCCUGGGAAAUUUUGACAACAGCAAAAAUGUUGUUUUAAUUCAAUUUGCACCACAGCAGCAUGUAUUUAUAGGUGAGCAGGACGCCGGUUCUAUCAAAACAUGGAUGGAGGGUGGUUUAUUGGACAUGACAGGAUUCGUCCUUCAAAAUCUGACGAGCAGAUAUCCAGCUUUUGCACUAGAGUCUCAAGACCCUGCAUGACUAUCAACCUGACUCAAAUGCUUCAAGCUGACCAACCUAAAGCAGUAAAAAAGCCAAUUCCAAUCCGGCCUCCAAGCCCCAGAGUCUCACAGCCCAAGAAACAAGAGUUCCACCACAGUUCCUCCUGUGAACCACCACCUAAACCCAUCAUCCGGCAGCGCUCACGUUCUCUGCCCACCACCACACAGAAGAAGCGGAAAUGCGGAAAUGUUGGUGUACGCUUUGUUGAUUCUUUGGGGCUUGAUCUUGAAGACAUCAGGCUUUUUAAAUCAGGAGAAGAUCCAUUUGUACCACAUCAUGUCACCUUUAGAUUGUUGAUGGGUGCAGAAUUAGCAGAUGGAAAGCAUCUGGAGAUAUCCUUGCCAUACCUGAGACCAGUUUUUGACCAACAACCUGGGGACCAGCCUGGGUUCUUGCAUCGUCUAAACCAACAGAAAGUUUGUCUGGAGAGAGUCUUGUGUUCUGAACUGGGUGUAAUGGCAAUCACACAGGUCCUCAAUUUGGACUUUGAGAAGGAAGUCACAGCCUGCUAUACAUUCACAGAGUGGAAAAGCUUCAUAGAAACCAAGGCUUCUUGGGUGUCCACCAACACCUUAGAUGGAGGAGGGGAGCAACUCAGUUGUGACACAUUUCAAUUUCACCUGCCUGCUCCUCCAUUCCUGCAGCCAGGUGCAGUGCUACAGUUUGCAAUCAAGUACAAAGUGUGUGGGGCUGAAUACUGGGACAACAAUGGUGGAGAAAAUUACAAGUUAGUUUGCCAUAACUACAAGCUUACUGUGCCCAAAGAAUGUGAGGAUAGCAUGGUGCACUUCAUUUGAGAUGCCGACUAAAGAUAGGACAUACAUAUUGAAGCACUUUAUCACUGUUUUGGUCAGACCUAUUCAAUUGUAACUGCACUGUGGUAUAUAAUCUUCAUUAUGCAAGACUGUAGAAACAGGGUAUUUCUUUGAAUUAAGUUUGCUUCAAGUGAAAUGGUCUAGCUUGCUCCUAUAACUGAAGCCUUCUAUUUUUCUUUUCUUUUUUAAAAUACACUGCGUGAUUAGAUUUCCCUAUUUCAACAAGUGCACUUUCAUGUGGGAAAAUCAGACCAACACUGUAACACCCAGAGUGUUAGCCAACAUUAUUAUUCAGUGAAACUAUUUGCACUUCAGUCCAGUUUUCUUCCAGCUCAACAUUUUGUAGAGUUUGUACAGUUGAGAGCUAUGGUAUUUUGAACCCUUUUGCCUUAUUUUCUUUUUUGACAGACAUGUAAAAAAAAUAUGUCCAAACCAUGUCAUUGAUGUAACUUUAAGAUCUUAUGAUGAAUGCGUUUUUUGUUUAACAAUAAAUCACACUUGCACAUGAAA